GCUCAGCGAAAAGCCGAGUGCCGGUAUAGAUUCAUCGCAUGAGAUUCCUGUUUCCUGCAACCGUGAAAGGAGGAAGUGGACGUAAUUCCUUUCUAUACUAUUCUAUCAAAUAAUGUGCAAUAUAUAUAUACACUGUAUAAAUACGUUCGAGCUAAAUUUGCAAAAGUACAAAAAAUAGGCGACGAUUCGAGAAAGGAAAUCAAUAUUGUAUUGGAUCUUACGAAUAUCGCUGACACAAUAUCAAUGUUACAAGAUAAAAUUACAUUCUUUUCAACUCGAAGGCCAUUGGCUUGCGGGUAUAAGAGGUUCGAAAGAUGUCUCGAGAAACAUUUAUUAGGACGCACAAUGGACGAGUAUAUUUUUUUAUUGCGAAUUUGGUUGCUUGCAUUAGUGUGCACCGAGCUGAUGCCUUCCCAUAUGAAUGUAGGACACAUACACUUUUCAUGUAUGUAUAUGCAAAAUGUAUAAAUAUAUUGAUACGUGCACAAAAAUUCAUGUGGGAAGGCGUCAGUGAUUCCUAGCGUGCAUACACUGGAGGACAGAGUUGUAUUGUAUUAUUUUAAAUCGCUACUCGGGAACUUUGCUCGCCUCAUUCCGAUUGGUCGAAUCCGAAUUUUCCCGCCCGCAAUCUCUAACGCGCGGUUCGAUACGGACUUUAGCUCACAGCUGUAAUCGGCAGUAAUUUCCCGACCACCGGCAGUCAUGUCGCUGCAACAACGCGCUUGCGGCCUUGUGAUUUUUCGCCGGCUACAAGGUACCAUUCAGUAUCUGCUGAUGCAGACAUCGUACGGAGACCAUCACUGGACACCGCCUAAAGGGCACGUCGACCCGGACGAAUCCGACAUGGAGACGGCCUUGCGCGAGACUCGGGAAGAGGCUGGCUUCCUGCCGCACGACCUCAAGAUCUUCGAGGACGCGAGGCACGAGAUGACGUACCAAGUGAAAGGGACGCCGAAGAUCGUCAUCUAUUGGCUGGCGGAGCUGCUUAAUCCGGACAAGCCCGUGAGAUUGUCGGACGAGCACCAGGCGUUCGACUGGCUGCCGUUGCGCGAGGCGUGCGACCGCGCGAGAUACGACGAGAUGCGGAAGGCGCUCAACGAAUUCGACAAAUACGUGUCGCAAGAUCUUGCGUAGACGCCGUCGAGAGACAUGUAUCUUUCCAUUCAGCGACCCAAGUUCGACACAAGCAACGACAUAUAUGUAUGCACAUAGACCAGGCGUUCGGGCGCUUCUCUCUGUAAAUACAUUCAAUGAAAACGA